AAGCGCAAUACGCCCGAUUCUUCAGGCUCUGCAAACUGGGAGUCGGAAAGAGCGAAGCUCCAGCAGGAAGUCUCGGAAGUGCAGACCAAGAUGCAAACAUCCGUCAAUGACCUGGAAACCAAACUCACGGCACUCCAAUCCGAGCUGCAAACUGCGAGGAGCUCGCAUUCCAAUGCUCAGUCCGAUCUUACCGCUCUCCAAACCUCCUUCACAUCCUCUCGCUCUGACAUUGAGCGUCUUCAGAAGGAGAACUCCGCCCUCGAGGCCCGAGCCAAAGACGCGGAGAAUAAAGUCCAGCUCCUUCUCGAUCAAGUCGAGUCCUCUGUCGACAAUUACCGCCGGCAAUCUCGGCUCACCGACAUGGGCACACCCACGCUCAACGGUGCCGGCGCAUCUCCCUUUCGACCUCGUCCGGAAAGCAUCAGUGAGGCCUCCGAGGCUGAGACGCCAGUGAAGGCAUCCGCAGGCACUUUCAGCCACAGCCGCGACACCUCCAACGCAGCUUCCUCCAUCGCGGGCUCUGACACCCGUAAUUCUCUCGCUCUCGACUCCCUCGCCAGCGAACUCGAUGCCCUCCGAUCACACUGGGAAACUACGAACAAGAACUACCGCUUGUCCGAUCGUUACGACUUUGACGGUCAUUCGGGCACGGCUUCGCCUGCUAAGGGAGCCGCGCCGAGUCGAUCGAACGCGCCCGGCGGAGCAAGCAGUAGCCUGGCGGACUGGAGGAGAGGCUUGCAAUCGGACGAUGACGACGACCAGAGACCGUCGACUGCAGAGGGACCCAAGCCGUCCACGUCAAAUCGGGAGGCGAAUGAGAUUGAGGACGAUCUGCCCACGCCGACCGCGGCGGAUAGAGCCUCGCGGCUCAUGACAGGGAAUUAGGGUUGAUCAUGUUUGCGGACUGGGACGAACGCCUUUAACGGCCAUGGAAUAAUGUGCACUUUUGCGUUGCGCUGGCUUCUUGCUCUUCGAAAUGAUAUGAAUGCGCACAUGUUCCUGAUGGAUGGAAUGAUGGACGAACUGGAAUGGGGUGCAUGUACGCAUGAUGGGAGUGGUUUGUAGAUAUCAUAUACCCCGUUUCUUGAUAUCAAGAUCUUUGC